UUCAGGGAAGAAGACGAAGAUACAAGAUAAUGGCUACUACUCCGAUUAAACAAGUAUUACCUCGGAGGAUCAAAUGUUCUUCUCUCAGCAUGUUUCGUUAUCUGAGACUGAGAAGGUAUAAAAAGGAGAGUGAUUUGUUUUAUUUGGAAAAAACAUCGGAGAGGAGUAAAGUCAUGGCCGUUGCACGCCAAGUGUUUGUGCUAUUGUCUGUGUUAGUGGCGUGUUGGGGGCUGCAGCAAUGUGAGAGUGCUGGGAAGUUCAGCUUCGAAGUUCACCACAUUUUCUCUGAUGCUGUCAAGCAUAAUCUUGGUUUUAGCGAUCUAGUUCCGGAUAAGGGAAGUUUGGAGUAUUUCAAGGUUUUGGCCCACCGUGAUCGCUUCAUCAGAGGUCGAGGUCUUGCCUCUUACAACGAAGAAUCCCCCCUCACUUCCGUGGAGAGAAACCUCACAGUUGCAGUUGAUUUUAUGGGAUUCCUGCAUUACGCCAAUGUCUCUGUGGGAACACCAGCUACUUGGUUCUUGGUGGCUCUGGACACUGGCAGCGAUUUGUUUUGGUUGCCUUGCAAUUGCGGUACUACUUGCAUCCGCGACUUGGAAGAUGCUGGAUUUUCAAAGAGUCUACCACUCAAUCUAUACAGUCCCAAUGCAUCUUCUACAAGUUCAAGCAUUAGAUGCAGUGACAAGCGUCGUUGUCUUGGAUCAAGAGGAUGUUCUUCUCCUACAAGUAUUUGCCCUUAUCAGAUUCCCUACUCUAGCACCUCCGUCACUACAGGGACAUUGUUACAGGAUGUAUUGCAUCUUGUCACAGAGGAUGAGGAUUUAAAGCCCGUCAAAGCUAAUGUCACGCUUGGUUGCGGUCAGAACCAGACAGGUGUGUUCCAGAGAAAUAUUGCUGUGAACGGUGUUCUCGGGCUUGGUAUGAAAGAUUAUUCUGUUCCGAGCCUUCUAGCAAAAGAUAACAUCACGGCAAACUCCUUCUCAAUGUGUUUCGGGCGUGUCAUUGGCAUUGUCGGAAGAAUCAGUUUCGGAGAUCAAGGCUACACAGACCAGGAGGAGACUCCUUUAAUUUUUGUUAAAACAACUACGGCCUAUGGUGUGAAUGUGACGGGAGUAUCAGUGGGAGAAGAUCUUGUUGAUGUUAGCCUGUUUGCACUGUUCGACACUGGCUCAUCAUUUACUCUCUUAUUGGAGCCAGCAUAUGGUGUUUUCACCAAAGCUUUAAGUUUUGACGAUCUUAUGGAUAACGAACGACGCCCAGUUUAUCCUGAGUUUCCGUUUGAGUUCUGUUACGACUUGAGUCCAAACGUUACAACCCCCGUAGAGAUGACUUUUGUUGGAGGAUCCAAAUUGACUCUCAAGAAUCCGUUUUUUCCAGCACCGUCCAAGGAGGGUACUACGAUGUACUGCUAGGGUAUUCUCAAGAGCAUUAAUCUCAACAUUAUCGGACAGAACUUGAUGUCGGGCCACCGCAUUGUAUUUGACCGCGAGCGGAUGAUUUUGGGUUGGAAGCAGUCUAAUUGUUUUGAAGAUGAAAGCUUAGCAUCUCAGUCUCCUCCACCACCAGAGAUCGAAGCUCCUCCUCCUGCUGCUUCUGCUACACCGCCCCCAGUCGACCCUCGUAACUCCACCAGAAACUCUGACACAGGCGGUGCAGCCAAUCUCAUCAUCCCUCUUGCUUCUCAAUUCCUACUUCUCGUACCUCUUUUGGCCUUCCUCUGAAUCACAGAAGCCAUUUUUUUGUGUUGCUUUGACCAUUUUAUA